GUGUGACGCUGCCAGCCAAGUUCUUUGGGGAAAACUCUAUCGCCAGGAUAAGAUUGCCUUCAAACGCUCACUACGCAUUAUCCAUUUUCUCUGCCUUCGAGACUCGGUUGUUCUUCCUAAUCUCGUCUUCACUGAAAUCCCAUCUCAAGAAGAACAGCCGACCAAUAUAUGGUUGGUGUGUUGAGGAGUGAAAUUUGACCUGAAAAAGCUGUGAUUGUGGAGAGUGCUGAAGGAUUUUCGUAGAUUUUCCUGGACUGCAUGAGUGAGUUAAAUCCCACAGGGUCCUUCAAGUUUAGGAGCUUGAAGUUUUACAGGCAACAGCGUCCAUGGUUAUUGCUACGGCCGCCCUCUCUAGCUAUUCUUUCAAAUUUUCGGUUCGCCAAGCUUCUCUAUCGUCGCCGUCUUCUGCUCGAAUUCGCCAUCGCUUCCCUUCUAGCCGAUGGUUGAACUUUAAUCAUCCUUGUGCCUCUCAAAGGUUUGACUGUUUAAGUACAAGAUGUUCAAUAACAGAUACCGGUGUACAAUUGGAUCAGGUCCCAACGGAUGAGGCCCAAGGAGAGCCAUCAACUGUUAAACCUAAUUGUCCGGUGCCAGUAGUUAAACUCAACUCUGAUAUUCUUGAGACUGAGCCCCUGAAUCUACUGACUGAAGGCACAUAUGUAGAUAGUCUCUUGACGGCAUUACCUGUUUUGUCGGAAGAGGAGCAACAUGUCCUUGCUGCUACACCAGCUCACCCAGCUGCAUUAUAUGCUUUCUAUGCGAACUGCAUAGCUGGAAAUUUAGUUGAACAGCUUUGGAAUUUCGCUUGGCCUUCUGCCAUUGCCUUGAUUCAUCCGAGCCUUUUACCUGUUGCGGUAAUGGGCUUUUUCACCAAAGUUGCUAUAAUUGUUGGAGGUCCCCUGGUUGGGAAAUUUAUGGACUAUUUUCCCAGAGUACCUGCAUAUAACUGCUUGAAUAUCAUUCAGGCAGCUGCGCAGUUGCUUUCUGCAACGAUGAUUAUUCAUGCCCAUUCUGUUCGUCCUACCUCAGUGACUUCCAUGCUUCUAUGUCCAUGGUUUGUUGUAUUAGUUUCAGCUGGGGCUAUCGAAAGGCUAUGUGGUAUUGCAGUGGGGGUUGCAAAUGAACGUGACUGGGUUGUAUUGCUGGCAGGAGUGAAUAGGCCAGUUGCACUUGCACAGGCAAAUGCAGUACUAAAUCGAAUUGAUCUCGUGUGUGAGAUAGUUGGGGCAUCACUUUUUGGAGCUCUUCUUUCUAAAUUUCAUCCAGUGAUCUGCUUGAAAUUUGCUGCUGGCUUAAUGAUGGGAUUGCUUCCUGUUACAAUUGCACUCACAUGGUUAGCCAACAAGCUCUCCACUGGUGUUCUUGACCGGUCUAAAUCUUCACAAACUUGUUGCAGAGUAUUUACUGAAGAUUCUGGGCCAGAUGCGUGCAAUAUAGUGGUUAAAGGUGUAGAAGCCAUAAAGCUUGGCUGGAAGGAAUAUCUGGGCCAGCCAGUCCUUCCUGCCAGUCUUGCGUGGGUGCUCCUGUACUUCAAUGUUGUUCUUGGACCAGGAAGUUUGAUGACUGCGUUUUUAACACAGCGUGGAUUACAUCCCUCUAUCAUUGGAGGAUUCAGUGGAUUGUGUGCUUUCAUGGGUGUUGCUGCGACAUUUGUGUCUUCAACUCUGGUCAAGCAAUUCGGCAUUUUAAAGGCUGGGGCAGUAGGAUUGGUGUUUCAAGCUUUACUUCUCAUCAUGGCUGUAGCUGUAUAUUGGAGUGGAUCAAUUUCCCAACAAAGCCCACUUCUUUUCUUCUUGUCCCUGAUUAUAUUGUCACGGUUAGGACACAUGUCAUAUGAUCUUGUUGGCGCUCAGAUUAUUCAGACGGGGAUCCCAUCAUCCAAAGCAAAUCUCAUAGGGACUACAGAGGUUGCUGUUGCUAGUUUGGCAGAAUCUAUGAUGCUGGGAGUUGCCAUAAUUGCAAAUGACCCUUCACAUUUUGGGUAUUUGGCAAUGUUGUCUCUUCUAUCUGUGGUUGGUGCAGCAUGGAUGUUUUGCAGAUGGUUGUUUAAUCCAACAGAUGAACAGAAAACCCUUUUUUCUUAUGAUCCUCAAUUUUGAUAUUUUUUUGUUUGUUGCGUUAGCUGCCCCGAUUGAUGCAAAGGUCUGCUGACGUUGCCAAAGGCCGAAGUUAAUGUAUUUAAGAAUGUGGGCGAUUAUUUAUGAGGUGGAAGAAGCCUGAGGCUUUUUUCUUCCAUGUGAUCACACCAUGGUAUAGAUAGAUACCCGGCUUUACUUGUAGAUGUGUAAAAUGCCCUUCCGUCAAAAGAAGAUGUGUAAAAUGCCCCGUACAAAUCAGAUUGUCUUAGUAGGACCAAACAUGCGACAAAUGUUUUGGAGAGAAUUUGUUGGUUCAACGGUUUCUUGUUUAUUUGCUUAGUAGUUAAUACUCUUCCCGUCUUUAA